AUGGGACUUUUUGUUCUGAUUCAGCUCACAGUCCCUGUUGUUUUACUCCACACUACACCAGCAGUGCCUCCAGUCGUCAGGGUCCAUCCGACAAAGCCAACUGACUACGGGAAGCGGUCCAUGCUGCAGUGCAGCGUUACGGAUUUUUUCCCUCUGGAAGUGAGGGUGAGCUGGCUGAAAGACGGGGUAGAGGUUACCAGUGAUGUGUCUUCUACGGAUGUCCUGGCCAACGGGGACUGGAGCUUCCAGCUUCACGCUUACCUGGAGCUCACACCCAGAAGAGGGGAGAGGGUGAGCUGCAGGGUGGACCACAGCAGCCUGACAGAGAGCCUGGAGGUGGACUGGGACACCUCCUCACUGGAUGCUAAACACCUGAAGAUGGCAGUGGGGAUCAUCUUCUUCUUCAUCGGCCUCACUGUCGCCGCAGGUGGAGCAGCCUACUAUUGGAGGAAACAGAGUUUAAAUCACCUGUCUCAUCUAUACAACAGUGCAUAG